UUUACUGUGACUUUGUGUUAUGUUCAUCAUCUUCUUCUCUGACCUUUUUGUUUCACAUUCGGAUUCCUCUUCUUUGUUUUGUAGAAUAAAAAUCUACUAAUGCAAUGCAAGAGAUAAACAUAAACCCCAUGCAUAUAAAUCAUCAAAUGUUGGUCGAAAAUGGCUUUGCUUAUAUCCAUAUAUAUAAUUUUCUUGUACAGGUAGCAUUGACUAAAGAUUUGAGUUCUCAUGGAGGAAAUACCAGGGACAGUUAGGCCAGGCAGAUCAGUCUCCUUUAAAACCCAGCACCAAUCAACUAACACAAAUGGGAAGCUGGAGUCUUGGCACAGAACAGAGCAAAAAACGUUGUCUUCUUCUUCUCGCUGCAGCUCUUCGGAGAUUCCAAAGAUCCCCGUCCAUGCCAUGGAGUUUUUAUGUCGCUCAUGGAGCCCAUCAGCCUAUAACUUUCAGCAGAUGUUUACAUCAAGUGACUUGUUUGGUUCACAUGACAACUGGACCUCAGGGAAACAGGAAGACAAGUUCAAUUCAGGGGAACCAGAAGAGAAACUGGAGAUACAAGUCAUAGAUGAGUUGCCAUCCCAAACUAGUACUAGAAGCCCUAUGAUCAGUAGGGUGGAUGACACGAUAAGGAUGAACUCCAAGCACACAAAGGGAUGGUUAGGAGGCAAAUCCUUAAUAAGCAUAUUCGGACUGCAGAGAGUGAAGAAGAAAGAUGAUAUUCGACUUCACACAGCUCGCGUUCAUGCAGCCCUUUCUGUCACACGCUUGGCUGCAGCUAUUGCCAGCGUUGCUUCCAACUGCAAGAACAGCAGCAUAGAAUCAGCGGAAGACGUCGACCCCAUUAUAGGUGACAUCGUUGCUUCUGCCGCAGCUCUGGUUACCACGGUAUGUGCUGAAGCCGCAGAGUCAUUGGGUGCACAGAAAACAAAUGUUUCUUCUGCCAUCAACUCCGGCUUGGCUAUCCAAACGACUGACGAUAUGAUCACACUUACGGCUGCUGCUGCAACAUGUAAUGUUUUGAUCAAUGUUUCCUUCACCAUAAUCUUCAGAUAA